AUGGCGAAUGUGCGGGACAGCGACACUUCAUUGUGGCUGCAUAACAAACUCGGCACCUCGAACGACUCGUGGAUAAGUGGGUCGAUAUGCUCGCAACUUAAUAAGGAAGUGCUGCGAAACAUAAAGGAAUGUUUUCCUGAUCUACAGACUCAAGUGAAGCUAAAAUUAUUACUGAGCUUUUUCCAUAUACCACGACGAUUGGUAGAAGAGUGGAAAACUGAAUUGGAGGAAGUUAUUGAAGUAGCAGGCUUGGAUUCGGAGCUGUGGGUAUCCAUGUUAGCGGAGACCAUGAAAACAUUUCCAGCAACUAGUUCUCUAAAUACAGAAAUUUCAGAAUACGAAGAUACGCGACCUAUCUUCACCGAUAUGGUAAAUGACUUACGUAAAUUGGUUAGUAAGCAUAGUGAUAUCGGCAUGCUUCCGCUGGAGUGUUUGUAUCUAAACAAAAAUGCUCUUGUUUCAGUGGUCGGCCAACAACAAAAUCCAGUAAAGCAUUUCACUAUAAAGCGUAAACCCAAGAGUGCAAAUUUGCGCACUGAACUGCUUCAUAAAUCUGCUGACGCCCAGUCCUCCUUAAAAAAGUCUUCUGCACCGACUAUACCGCUGCGUUCACGUGGUAUGCCGCGAAAAAUGACGGACACAACACCUCUCAAAGGAAUUCCUUCCCGCGUGCCUUCAUUGGGCUUUCGUUCGCCUAAUGUAUCUGGAACACCGCAACGGCCGAACUUAAGUCGCACACCAGCUGGUCGGAAGGACGGCGGCAUAAAAUUAAUCGAAUUUACAGAGCAGCCAUUAGGCUAUGCAGCGGCAAAGAAACGCAAACGUGAACAACAGUUAGAGGAGCAACAAAAGAAACAGGAGCAAAAACUUAUAGCAUCUGCAGCUGCUGCAGAAAACGCUUCUCCAACUGCCAUUUCGCCAAUACAAGGUAGUGGUGUUAGCACAACAGCAGGUAAUGCUGCUACACCAACUACACCCACAUCGUCUGGUGCCGCUAUAAAUAGUUCUUUUGAAAUCAAGACCGAAACAGUCCUGCACCUAAAUCAAAGCGGAACUAGCGACGAUAUGUUAACAGAUAAUAAAGACAAUGUAUUAGCCACAAAGAUUGAACCUCCGACACCAGAAUAUGCUCAAUCUUUAAGUUACACGCAACCCACUUCACCAAAAGGUUCGGAUAGUAAAUCACAGAUGAAGUCAUUGGAUAUGCAAUCCCCAAUAGUGGCUAGUACUGUAUUAACACCUACAACUUCGGUCACAGUUUCUACUCCAACAAAAAUGAGUAGUAUGUCCACGCAGACACAAACACGUAUGCCUACACAGACACAAAGUAGUAAUACCAGCAAUAAUUUAAAUCACAGCCACAAGCGCAUCAAACAGGAGAUUGAGAUAAAGAGUGAAGAGAUUUUAAUGCCGCCAAAUAUUAAAGUGGAAAAAAUUGAACCGCAGACUCAGCCGCCUUUGCUCACACAACAGUUGCCGCAGACCCCGUCACGCUUGCAGCAGCGAAUAAUUAUACAGCAACAAAAGCAGCCGCAACAACAGUCCCCACAAACACAACCGACAUUGCAGCAACAAACAACCCAACAUGUUCUAAUAAGAUCUGCACCCCAACAACAAAAGCAAACUCUUAGUGGUUUGACUUUGGGCGCAGGCGGCGCCACAGUAACCAGACAAAAGAUAAACACAACUACCACAUCGCCUACUAAUUCCAAUACAAUGAUAAAAAUGGAGAAACUUGAUAUAAAUCCGAUGGUGUCAAAGAGUCCUGUAACGAAUACUAUGCCCACUAAUAUUUACACUCAGCAACAGUUGCGUCAGACGAACAAUCCAUUGGCAAAUUUGCCCAAUAAUAUUUCUGUGAAAAUAACAUCAUCGAAAUCAGCGAAGGUUCAGUCAUUACCUCAACAAAACUCGCAGCAACAACAGCAACAACCAAUAAUAAUUAAUAGUUCAACACCCGUGAUAAUUUCCUCAUCUGCAGCACCCGUUUCAAGACCGAAACAACUUGUGCCAUCUGGUACGUCGACAACAACAACGGCACAAUCAAUAAAGUCGAUGCCAUUGAGCCAGCUGAAGACUGCUGCUAACAGUGGGCCCGUUAUCAUUUCUCAGACAAUCAUACAACCAGCGAAGCGUUCAGCUACUUCUGCCACAAGCCUUCAGACUCACCAACAACAGCAGCAACAAUUACUGACUCAUCAUCAACCGCAACAACAACAGCAACAACAACAACAACCUCAACACCAGCAAAGUAUGCACCAGUCGGUUAGUACAUCUACUACAGGAACUCAAUACAUCUUGACGACGUCUGGGCCUCAGCAACAACAACAGCAUCAGCACGCACAACAGCUUCAAACAGCUGCAAUGCCAACUUUGGCGUCGUUCUCUCAUGCACGUCCUACCCAACAGAGCACCACAACGGUGUAUCAAACAGCUGCUUCAGCUAAUACGCAAACUCCAACGAAGAUUAUAUUAAAAACUUCCCCAUCGGGCGUAAUGAUGACACCGUUACGACAACAACAAGCACCGACCACUGCUGGCGGUAAUCCACCACCGCUAAUAGCGACGUCAACAACACAACAACAGCAACCUGCUUUACUAAAUAUUCAAAAUGUACAGCUGCCAAAUCGACCAGUCACUAUACAACCAGCAUCUCAGGCAGCACAACAACAGCACCUUCAGGCGCAAUUGCAGCAACAACAGCCGCAACAUACGAUCGUAUCUAACACCAGCGCAACGCAGCAGCCUAAGCUUACCCAAGUGCUUGUGCAAUCAGCGAACCCUACUGGCGUUGGUGGCUCCGUUGGAAAUGUAGGCGUCGCAAACGCGAAUACAAAUAUGAAGAAUAAGACAAUCAUACUGACACAGAAGGGUGUUAUAUUGCGUAAUAUCGGCGGCGAUAUGUACCAGCAGAUACCGAUAAGCAACAUGAGCGGAUUGCAGGGUCUGAGCUCAGGCACUGGUGCCACGCUGAUGACAACUGCGGCUGGUCCGCCCAGUUUGGUGAAGUCAACAAGCUCAGGCGUUCAGCCUGGUCAAACAAUACAGCUGCAGCAGCAAAGUGGAACACAAGCGAAACCACAGCAACACCUACCAACGCUAAUACCCACAAAUACGUUAACAUCUCAACAUAUGAUUGUUCAACAGCCGACUCAAACGAACCUCAUUAGUGCUCCUUCUCAACAAACCAUUAUUCGGCCGGUUAUUUCUAACGUACAAGGCAACAGCUUGACAACAUUGCCACAAGGUCUAACGCUGAUUCAGCGUCCUGGCCAACAACCGCAGCUGGUGCAGGUGCAGACGCCCAGUGGUUCAACAGCAGUUGGCCACCAGCUUCCAACUCAAAUACAACGUACUAUAAUAACACAGCCAGCCCAGCAACAACAAAUGCGAUCACAACAAAUCGUAUUGCAGCACAAGUCGCAACCUCAGCAACGUAUAAUCACAACUACGCAAACGGGGACUGGUCAGCCACAGCAUAUACAGAUUCAACAGGGUACACCAACGGGAGGUAUUUCGCGUACCACACACAUCGUUCAGGUGUCACAACAGGCUCACCAGCAGCAGCAACAACAGCCGCAGUCUCAGCAAGCACCACAGCGUAAAGGACUUUCUUUAUCGAACGAACAUGUCCAUAAGGCGCAUGAAAUGUUCCGUAAAGCGAACCGAGUUUCUCGUCCGGACAAGGCGCUCAUAUUGGGAUUCAUGGCAGGAAUGCGUGAAAAUCCCCGUCCUAACUCUGAGAAUGUAAUUGUUAUAAAAUUGGGCGAAAGCGAGGAGAAAGUGCAACAGGAAGAUGGCAGCACAGCGCUUUGUUUGGUGGAGUCACAUAUCCGGCUGGAUUACAACACAGGCGAGUGGAAGACAUUCCAAAACUAUCGGCGUCUUGAUCAAAGUGUACAAGGACAAGGAGUAGAUGGAACUGCUAACAGUGGGACCGGAGGCGCAAUGCAAACACAAAACUCCGUUGUUAUUUAAGGGAAGGGUGUUUAGCUAUUAGUUCAGCUCAGUCGCUCUGGACGUUGACGCCAAUGUUUGCGCAAUUGCUGAUGUAAUGGCUGAAAAUUUCACGGCUGGCGAUAACUGCGCGCACGUCUGACGAAUAGCGAGCGUUGUGGGAGAUAGUUUUAAAGCUAACGAGAAGAAGAAAUUAAACAUUAUAUCUAGGUGCAAUUCGUGUGCAACUGCUGAGAUGCAGCAUACGCGACAAAUAAUCUUUUGGUAGUGCAGCAUUUAUACACGCAUAGUAAGAGCCGAAUCGCUUGAUAUGUACCGCGCUUAUCCCGGAGUGAAUGACUGUAUGUCGUUCCUUACGAUUUGGAAUCGAAAUUAAAUACUUGAGCUAGUUUUGUAUUCAUGUAAUGUAUCUUAAACCGGUACUCACAAUUUUUCCAUAAACAAUGAUAAAAUUAAAAUGGGCAUAAACAGACUACCAUAAACACGUUUUCAGUUAGAAAAUAUUAGCAAAAAUCAGCAAAAAAUGCCUACCUUAAAAUCUAAAUACAAAACAAGGGACCCUAAUAAUGGUACCGAGUGUAAUUGUAGCCAGCGGGUAGCAGAAAAAUAAGCUGUGCUUUUUAACCGACUUUAAAAAAGGAGGAGGUUAUCAAUUCGUCGGAAUAUUUUACUUUGCAAUUCUUCAAUUUAUAUAAAUAUACUACCUAAUUAAUGACCCUACCCUUAUAUAUAUACAAUUAGCUGUACAAAAGGAAGUAGUUUAAAUGUUUAAUACUUGCAUAACAUAAUAUUAAGUUAUAUCUAUCAAUAUAUACACACAUAAGAAUCUAAAUGCAUAUGUACGUACGUAUGGAUAUUAUGAAAACGCCAAUAUGCGCAUAUACUUUAAACUACAUAAACUUGCUGCUGCAUAAGUAAGUAUGAAUUUAGCUAUAAAAGGAAUAAAAUAUAUUAGCGAUUAAAAAAUACAUUAAUUUGAAGAAAAUUGCUUAGGCAGUGGGCAUAAAUAUCGAUAAUAAAUCUGUAUUAGGUGAAAAUUUGAAUUAUAUAUCUAUGUACAUGCAUAUGUAUGUAACAUACCUAUGUAGUUACAGAGAUACUACAUGAAUUCGAAAAUGAAAUUAAAAUAUACAUACAUAAAUAAAUAUAGAAUACAUACGUACAUUACU